UUAACUGAAUUAAUUGCUCCUUUGUCAGUAUUGAGAGGUCCUUGGAGACAAAUAUCGUGGGGAGACAAUGGGAAAUAUCUGAAGUACUUGAAGGACUAUCAACCACAAAAGGAUGAAAUCAGUCAUCUCAGAAUUUUGCUGUACGGACCAGUUGGUCCUGGAAAGUCCAGCUUCAUCAACUCUGUACACAGUGUUGUCAGAGAGAGACCAGCCAUCCCAGCGUCAGCCAGCAAUAUCAACUCUGACAAAAGUCACACAAAGAUGUAUGAAACCCAUAAAAUCCAGAAGGAAGGAAGAGGAAACUUCCACCCCUUUGUGUUCAAUGACAUGAUGGGUUUGGAAGAAGGAGUUAAUACAUGUGACAUCAAACUGGCUCUGAAGGGACAUGUGAAAGAGGGUUAUAAGUUCAAUCCUUUAUUUCCCCUGUCCUAUGACGAUCCGGGCUACAACUCCUCACCAUCGCCGGAUGACAGAGUCCAUGUUCUGGUUUGUGUUUGUUCUGCCAAUGCCAGUGAAGUGAGAUCCCCCAUUUUAGAAAAAAUGAAGGAGAUCCGAGAAGCAGCCACUGAGUUGGGUAUUCCUCAACUGGCUGUUCUCACCCAGAUUGAUGAGGCGUGUGGUGAAACUGAAGAGAGCCUGAAGAACGUCUACAAGAGCAAAUAUCUGAAGAAAAAGAUGUCAGAUUUCAGCUCCAAACUGGGGAUUCCAAUGAACUGCAUUCUUCCUGUGAAGAACUACAGUGAUGAAAUCGGCUUAGAUGAGGAUGUCAACACUCUGAUCCUGAAUGCGCUGAAACUGAUGAUUGACUUUGGCGAUGACUUCAUCAACAACAAACUAUAAAGAGGCAGCGUGUUUUUUUGACGAGUGUCACUGCAUGAAUUAUGGCUUUGCUUACCUACUCUGUCAUAAGGAAUCUAUCAAACCAGCAACACCCACCAGCGUCCCAUCAAAUAUUUAAAGGAGCCGUCUGUAAGAAAUGGCCAAAACUGGUACUGCAGUCACUUUCCAAAUAUUGUUGAGCGGCGCGUACCCUCCCCCUCCUCCCCCCGACCAGAGGUUGCCAGGUAGGCUGCAGAAUGCAGCAGGAACGUAGGCUGCCAUGGCUGCGAUAAUUAGAGCCGAGCUGGCAACCCGGAUGCCGCAACAAUACUGACUUGGUGAUUGGGAGAUAGGUGGAGGGUGGAGCUUCAGAAACAAUACUGACUUGGUGAUUGGGAGAUAGGUGGAGGGUGGAGCUUCAGAAACAAUACUGACUUGGUGAUUGGGAGAUAGGUGGAGGGUGGAGCUUCAGAAACAAUACUGACUUGGUUAUUGGGAGAUAGGUGGAGGGUGGAGCUUCAGAAACAAUACUGACUUGGUGAUUGGGAGAUAGGUGGAGGGUGGAUCUUCAGGCCAAAACAAAAAAUGACAACAUAAACAUCAGUUGAGGGCUGCAACUCCUCUUUUUAAACUGGAAUAUCCUGGCUUGAGUGCUGUUUUCAGUGACAUAAGUAUUUGAAAUGAACAUGAUUUUUAAAUGUCUGUUGACAUAUCGGGGUCAUUUUAUGAUUCGUUUUAUUAUUGCUCUUACAUACAGCUCCUUUAAAAUCAGUGUGGGAUACAGUCCUGGCUGCAUGACAUACACCUCUUCUUGUCACAUUUAAAAUCUUUUCAUAAUUAUAAAAUUUUAUAUGUAAAUAUUAGUUCAUUAGCUCCUCGACAGCUUUAAACACAGUAUUAUUUUUUUUUUAAAGUUAAGCAACAUUUUUAUACACUCAAUACAUCCACUGUACAACUUCUUAUCUUAUAUUAAAAUUAUAAAGACAAAGAUGUUGUUUUUGUCCUUUUUACUUUACAGUCAUGUCUUGGCAGGUGCUAUUCAGUGUUUAACAUUGUGCACUAACACAAUCUUGGUAUGUUUCCAUGAACAAAGGAGACUUUUGCUGUGAUUAUAUUCAGCCUUGAUCUUAUACCAGCUUUAUUAUCACGGUGGUGUUAGUCUUUAUUAUUGAAUUGACCAAAUACACAAUAAAACCU